GAUGUCUGCCCUUAUUAGGGUCUAUAAUUGUGAUUUCAAGAAAGAAACAAGGGAAUUUUCUUUUCCACGAAUUUAAAGACAAAUACCAAAGCUUUUUUGAAGACAAUACCAAUAGCCUUAUUUGAAAUAUUGUAUGAUUAUUAUGGAUUCGCCAUUUUAAUCUUCACGGAUACAGACAAUAUGGAAACUAAUGAUGUCAACACGUUUCAUCAGUGUGUUGUAUGCGAUGAGAUUUUUCAAGAGUACAGUGAUCUAGAAGUUCAUAAAAAAAUACAUAUCAAAGUGGAGAAAACUGAUGAAUUAGGUGGAGCCUGCCAUAUAAACCUCGAGGAUAGAAUAACUUAUGUAGAAAAUCAUAGUAAAAUACAUAUUAAAGAAACGAAAACUGAUGAAAAUUGUUGUGUAUAUGUUAAAAAGGAGAAAACCAGUGAUUCAGAAGGUUUUCAUCUAUGUAAGUUUUGUGGGAAAGCGUUUGAAGUUUACUCUGAAUUAGAGACUCAUUGCAAAACACAUGGAAAUGUUGUUAAAGAAGAGGUAGCUGAUGAUGUUGAAGCAAUACAUCAAUGUAAACUGUGUUAUGGAAUGUUUGAAUUAUACACGGACUUAGUAGAGCAUUGUAAAAUACACGGUGAUCCAGGUACGCAAAAUAUUUCAUCAAGAAAAAAGAAAACUUUUCAAUGUGACAUGUGCAAUAAGUCGUUUACAAACAAAUGCAGUUUAAGAUCACACAAGAGAACCCAGCAUUCUGGAAAGGCCAUUAAUUGUGACUUUUGUAAAAAGGUUUUUAUGAAAAGGAGCAGCUUUGAAACACACACCGAAAUACAUCAUUCGGGUGACAAGCCUUUUAAAUGCGAUGUUUGUAGUAAAUCAUUUAGUUUUCAGUGUAAUCUUACUGCCCACAUGCUGUCACAUACGGGUGAGAAGCCAUUUAAUUGUGAUCAGUGUGAUAGAACUUUCAAAAAGAAAGAGAGCCUUCAGAAUCAUAAAUUGAUAACCCACAGUGGAGUGAUACCUUAUAAAUGUGAAAUUUGUGACAAACAAAUCAAAUUUCAAACCAACUUUAAGAGACACAUGAAAACCCAUUGGGAGCGACCUUUUAAUUGCUAUGGUUGCCACCAAUCAUUUUGCAGCAAAAAAAGUCUUGAACUGCAUCAGAGUGUUCAUGAUGAUAAGCCUCUCCUAUGUGAAAUUUGUGAUGAGCUGUUCAGUGCCAAUGGAAUCCUUGAAGAGCACUAUAACAGCAUACAUGCUGUAGAUGAUUGUUUCAACUGUAAUGUCUGUAGCCAAUCUUUUAGCCACAGUUUUUAUUUACAUCAACAUUUAAAAAUUCAUAAAGGAAUCUACUUUCAGUGUAACAUUUGCUACAAAACUUUCAACAAAUACAGCCGGCUUAUGUUGCAUUCAAAUUAUCAUAGCGGAGAGAAGUCAUUUAAAUGUGAUGUUUGUCAAAAGGUGUUUAUUCAGAAAGGUCAUUUACAGACUCAUUCCAUGAUUCACACCGGGGAAAAACCUUUUGAAUGCCGCGUUUGUGGGAAAGCGUUUAAUCGAAAUCGAACAUUAGCAGGACAUUUAAAGAUACAUAUCCGAGAGGGAGUUCUGUCAAGCGAUGACGCUGUUGUUUGAAGAAUGAUAAAAGAGGGUGUUCUGUCAAGCAAUGACGCUAUUGUUUGAAGAUUUAUAUACAUGUAAGGGAGGAAGUUCUGUCACGCUUCUCGCUCUGCAUUGUCCAAGAAAAUUCAUCAGGAUUUUUUAUCAUUAUUAUUAUUAUUAUAGCUCAAUUUAUAUAGCGUUUCAUUACACAUUCAUGUUUUUAAGUGCAUUCAGAACAAAACAGUUCUA